CCCAAUGAGAAACGACAAGCCGAACGGUUUUUAGCUCGGCUAUUUGUCGAAAGAAGCUUAAAACGACUUGGGUAUUACUUACUUAUAGGCGGCGUUUAGAGAGGACAGAAUAGCUUUACUCAUUUUCGCUAACAUACAUACAUAGAAAAAAAACGAGCGGAGCGUUGGAGUAUAGGUAAAUUUAUUAUCUUAGACAUUGCAGAUUUAUUUCCGUCGCGCUGGGAACUACAUAAGUCAGCUCAACAUUCACCACACCAAAGGCGGGGCGAUAGGAGGGGAGUAGCUAUGGCGACGAUCGUGGCGGGUAUCGCGGCCACCGCCGCAGGCCUCACAUACCUCGACGGCAAAUACCACAUCAGACAGGACGUGCAGAUGAUACGGGCCAAGCGUAAAGGGGCCAAGAUGUUGCAGAAAGCCAUCAAGGAAAAGCGCAUAUCGCCCUACUACUUCUUCGAGCGCCACGCGCGCGCCCAGCCAAGCGAAGAAUGCAUCUGGUGGCGCGGCGGCUCGUACACAUGGGACGCAGCAUAUACCCGCGCGAACCAGUACGCGCACUUCUUCCGGUCGCAAGGGGUGCAGGCGAACGACUUGGUAUCCUUCUUCAUGAUCAACAGCCCAGAUUUCGCGCUCGCGUGGAUGGGCCUCUGGGCGAUCGGGGCCGCGCCCGCGCUGAUCAACCAUAACCUCAGCCAGCAGGCGCUGCUGCACUGUCUGAGCAUCGCAGAGUCCAAGCUCGUGCUCGCGGACGGACCGGAGGGUCUGUUGGCGCGGCUGGAUGCCGUGGAGGGGGAUCUUAAAGCUUCCGGUGUCCGCGUCGUAAAAUUAUCCGAUGUACGCUCUGAAAUCGAGGCCCUCCCUACGACGCGAUUGCCCGAUGAUCUCCGCGCAGCCGUGACUCCGGCCUCAGCCUUCGGAUUGUUCUACACCAGCGGUACGACCGGGCUGCCGAAGGCAUGCAUCGUGCCUACUACGGCAGGCUUCAUGCACGGCGCCGCCAAAGAGUGCGGUUUCGCGUACGUGACGCCAACGAGCGAUAACGCGGCUUUAGGACGCGCGGAGCGCUACUACGACUGCAUGCCCCUGUACCACGGGACGGGCGGCAUCAGCGGGAUGACGCAGCUGCUGACGGGGCAGACGCUCUGUCUGGCUCCCAAGUUCAGCACCUCGCGCUUCUGGGAGGACGUGCGCGCCUCGCGAGCGACGUGGUUCGUCUACGUCGGCGAGACGCUACGAUAUCUCCUCGCGGCGCCGCCCUCACCGCUCGACAAGCAACACUCGGUGCGCGCCAUCUACGGCAACGGCUUGCGCCCGGACGUAUGGAUACCGUUCCGGGAGCGCUUCGGCAUCGAGACGAUCCACGAGUUCUUCAACUCGACCGAGGGCAUCCUGCCCCUCGACAAUCCCGCACGCGGCGACUUCCGCGCGCACAGCGUGGGGCACCAUGGUCUCUUAAGCCGGUGGCGGUUUCACGGCAUCCUCGUGCCGGUGGCAGUGGACGCAGAGACGGGGGAUAUCGUGCGGGACGAGAAGACGGGGUUCGCGACGCGCGUGCCGUACGAGACCGGGGGCGAGAUCCUCGUCAGACAACCGCCGACCAUCACCCCCGCUUUCCCGGGUUACUUCAAGAACGAGGAGGCCACGGCCAAGAAGUUCGUGUACGACGUCUUCCGCAAGGGCGACUGCUACUACCGCACGGGUGAUGCCCUGCGGCGCGACGCCGACGGCCGCUGGUUCUUCCUCGAUAGACUGGGGGAUACCUUCAGAUGGAAGGGCGAGAACGUGAGUACAGCCGAGGUUUCCGAGGUCCUAGGUAAGUACCCGGGGGUGAGCGAGGCCACUGUGUACGGCGUAUCCGUGCCUGGCCACGAUGGCAAGGCCGGUAUGGCAGCUAUAUACAUCAACACGGACGUUUCGAACUUUGACUAUAAGGGAUUACUGAGACACGCCCGAGAUCAUCUACCCAAGUAUGCCGUGCCAGUAUUUUUGCGUCAACUUGCCGCACGUUCCGCCACGCACAACAACAAGCAAGAUAAGGUUCCCUUGAAGAAAGCCGGAAUCGACCCGUUUCAGAUGAAUGGCGAUUCGUUACUCUGGAUCUCGGAAAACGGGAAAGGCGACGAUUACAUGCCAUUCACAUCGGAUGAAUUUCUCGCUAUUCAAGUAGGACAAGCGAAGCUAUGAUCCCAGACCACCUCCUAUGCUAAACGAACUGCAUUGGUACCACCACUAGCCGUGGAGAGACAACGAUUUUGUACACUAAAAAAACAAAGACAAACAGCAACGGUAAUUUGAAUCAGACCAAUAGGCCGUAACUCUAGUAAAUAUGGACAGAGCUCAAGGAAAUAUCGGCGCCAGUUCAAUUCAACAUUGCGUCUACUCGCUGAAUUCUUAUCUAUGGUGUUUCGAACAGAUGGCUAUGCAUUUAGAAUGAAUUUGAUUAUGAUUUGAUGCAUGCAUCUGUGACUCAUCAAGCACCGCUCAUCAAUUUUACCAUUGCCACCAUAUCAACGUAUUUCUG